CCUUAGCCGUCAUAUCAGUUUCUCGCGCUAACAGAGCUACGAAGGAUAAUUUUCAUCAUUUACGUACUACUCUCGUUGCCAUCGCAGAAAAGUGUCAUCUGAAGAUGCCGGCCAAAACCAGCGGAAAAGCAGCCAAGAAAGCCGGCAAGGCCACGAAGAGCGUCGUCCAAGGGGACAAGAAGAAGCGCAAGUUGCGCCGUAAGGAAAGCUACGCGAUCUACAUCUACAAGGUCCUGAAGCAGGUCCACCCGGACACCGGAGUGUCCUCGAAGGCCAUGAGCAUCAUGAACAGUUUCGUCAACGAUAUCUUCGAGCGGAUCGGUGCGGAAGCGUCCCGCCUGGCGAACUACAACAAACGCUCGACGAUCACGUCGCGGGAAAUUCAGACCGCUGUUCGGCUGCUGCUGCCAGGUGAGUUGGCCAAGCAUGCCGUCUCCGAGGGUACCAAGGCCGUCACCAAGUACACCAGCUCCAAGUAGAUGAGUGACGAGAGCAUUUCAACACCAAACGGCCCUUUUCAGGGCCACCGAACAGUUUUGAGAUGGAAAGAGUUUGAUUUGGAUAAUGCCGAUAGUUGUGGUGUCAAUAUUUUCGUUGUCUAAAAUAAGGAUCAUGUAAUAAUAAA